AUGUAACAUCCUCCCAUAUAUUAACUUAACUUAUCUUACCCGUUUUUUUUCCUUGAUGAUAUCUCAAGUGAGCAAGUUUCCCUUUUGGUUAUAUCUCACCCUUAGCUCAUAGUCAGCCAUACACUUCAUAACCAAUAUGCUACGGCGUUUACUAAAUUCUAAAGGUUUCCAAAUACGUUCUGGAGGGACCAGUUCAAGUCCUGGUACUUGCCAGGCCAUUGCAAAUAGAGUAAACGAACGCUCUAUUUCACUAAGCUGUAAACAUCAGGUUGGAUUCCAGGUGACGACAUCUCAGUCUCGUCAAUGCAGCACGGCAGCGAGAGGCUAUAUUCCAUCGCCUAGGAGUCGACCUUCAUCAUGCCGAACUCGGAUUGGGCUUAAAAGAGGGUUUGCAAGUCAAGCAACGCCGCACGAAAAUCCUUGGAUUAAGAUGAAGGAUGAGAGCACAAUACAAUUUGGCGACCCAGACAAGAUACCACUAAUUUUGGAUCGACACUGGCUACGCGACUCCUGCCAGUGUAAUUUAUGUGUGAACCCAGACUCUGGACAAAAAAACUUCAGCACUUGCGAUGUCCCAACCUAUCUUCCCAUAAAGGAGAUUCACCCGACCGAAGAAGGCGGGCUUGAUGUCGUUUGGGAAAUGGAUUUCCUAUCAUCAGGCGACCAUGUAUCCCACUACACGGCUGCUCAAGUUAACUCCACACAACCUGAAUAUGCGCUACCCGGAAUGACAUUAUGGGACACUCGUAGGUUUGAGAAGGACCGCCUCGUUAUUGACUAUAAGGACUGGAUGGCAGGUGAGCGUGGGUUUCUCUCUGGAUUACAUCGACUUCAUACCCAUGGACUAAUCUUCAUACGCAACGUACCAUCGUCCGAGGAGUCCGUCAUAUCUAUCGCCACCAAGUUUGGGAACCUACAAGAAACAUUCUACGGAAGGACUUGGGAUGUACGCUCUAAGCCCCGCGCAGAAAACGUGGCGUAUACAAAUGAAUUUCUCGGACUGCAUCAAGACCUGAUGUACAUGAAAGACCCGCCUCGUUUGCAACUUCUGCACUGCCUCGAGAACACGUGCGAGGGCGGCGAGUCCAUGUUCAGCGACGGCUCUCGGGCAGCCCAUUUAAUGGAACUUGGGCCGCGCAAGCAGUUUGAACAUCUGUGCAAUAGAAAUAUCAAAUACCAGUACAAAAAGAACGGGCACCAUUACCAGCAAUCGCGACCCGUUAUCGAACAGUCAAGGGGCCAGCUCCUUGUGUCCUGGUCCCCGCCAUUCCAAGCUAGCAACCAGCGCAUAGCCAAGACUAGACCGGGCCACGAAAAUUACCGCAAAUGGCUCCAGGCGGCGACCGUGUUUCGGCAUCUCCUAGAAGAUAAGCAAUGGAUGUAUCAGCACAGGAUGGAGCCUGGCGAGUGCGUCAUCUUUGAUAACCAACGCGUUCUCCAUGGCCGGAGACAGUUCGACACUUCGUCAGGGAGCAGAUGGCUGAAAGGAGCGUACAUCGGAGAUGAGGUGUUCCGAAGCAAGCUGGUCAACUUAAAUAAGGAGUUGUUAGCGUUAGGUGUAGGAAACGAGCUUGCCUUUUUAUACCAGGCUUCUCUCAUCAACUAUACGUAUAAGAUUUGGAACCAAGAUGAGACGCUGAACCGGAUGAAGCAGCUUGGAGCUGACACGGCAAUGAGAGGUUAUACUGAUGAGAAUGGCUUUACGAUCUGGUACUCGUAAGCCUAUGUAGAUGACUACGUCAGAUACCUAUAGAUAGUAAGAAUUGUUAGAUUAGCAUUAAGUUAGCAAAAUAAUCAUCACUUAUAUCCCGCUA